AUGCCACUUCCCAAACCCCUCCCCAUCACCAGCUUCGGCCUCCUAGGCAUGACAUGGCGCCCCACCCCAACCCCAGAUGACCAAGCUUUCGGCGCCAUGAAAGCAGCCAUCUCGCGCGGCGCCACCAUCUGGUCCUCAUCAUCCGUCUACGGCAUGCCCCCUCAGCCCCCGACAGCAGGCCUCCACCUCCUGCGUCGCUACUUCGACAAGUACCCCGAAGAUGCCGACAAAGUAACCCUCUUCAUCCGAGCCUGCUCAGACGCAGCGACCUUAUCCCCGACAUGCACACGCGCAGGCGUCCGAGCCAGCUUCGAUGAAUGCAGACAGGUCCUCGGCGAUGCCAAGAAGAUAGAUAUCUUUGGGCCGGCGCGGAUGGAUCGAAAUGUACCAGUGGAAGAGACUCUAGGGGCAUUGCGCGAGUUAAUGGACGAGGGACUGAUCGGUGGGGUUGGGUUGUCCGAGGUGGGUGCAAAUACGAUCCGCAAGGCGCAUGCAGUGUGUCCGGUGAGUGUGGUCGAAGUGGAGUUCUCGUUGUGGAGUACGGAUAUCCUUGAAAACGGAGUGGCAGAGACUUGUAAGAAGCUCGAUGUACCCAUUUUGACGUAUGCGCCGCUGGGAUAUGGGUUUCUUACAGGGCAGGUGAAAAGGUUGGAGGAUAUUCCGGAGGGGGAUAUUAGGCAUUUGUUUGGGAGGUUUCAGCCAGAGAACUUCCCCAAGAAUCUCGAAUUGGUGGAUAUAAUCAACGACUUCGCCAAGAAACGGGGCGUCACUCCUGCGCAGCUGGCACUGGCCUGGAUUCGCGCUCACUCUAACUCUGGCCCCUGCGGCACUAUCAUCCCUAUUCCCGGAGCGACGGCCGCAUCUCGCGUCGAAGAGAACUGCACAGCAGUUCCGCUGACAGUGGAGGAGAAAGAGCAGCUGGAUGCGAUUUUGAAGUCAUUUACUGUCGUGGGAGAGCGACAAGUCGUAGGUAUGGGCUCUGAGUUGUGGGGUUGAAAGUCAGGUUCAUUCAGACCUGGAUGGCUGGAAUUAUGGUUCCGUGUCAGCUCACUAAUUUAUUGCUAUGGCCAUGUUAGCAAGUGGUAUCCAUAUGUGAGUUUAGACCUGGAUCGGCGUGAGCUACUAGUACAAUCUGCGCCUGCUGGAACAUUCAGUGUGUCUAAUAGUUCCAGAUUACGUGUAUAUUUCCGCAGAUAUCAGGUAGGGUAACUAGUACUCACUGUCU